UUAAAUUUCUGAUACUCAGUCUUCGAUUUGGCGAUCGAAUCUCCGGCGAGCUCACUCGUCGUUAAUCCACCCGGCGUAAAAAGAGAAAUGGCGGAUGAAUGGCUCUAUGCUUUAGUGAAUCUACCCUGAAGUUCGACCUGAUUCUUCCACUCAACGCAAAAGGUGGAUCAACAGCAAUUCUAGUACCCAAAAUGCCCAAAUCUUCGGCAAUAUCAUCGUUCCGAUCCAACUCGAUCGUCGAAUCCGAAGGAUACAGCUCCUGUCGAAACCGGAGGGCUUUUCCUGGAGUUCUGCGUUGUUGGGGUACCAAAUAAAGGCGAUAGUUUCCUCACUAGUUUCUUUAGAGUGAGGCGGAGGAGUGACUGGAGAAAGAGGGCAUGGCUUCUUGGAAUUCCCUCCCUCUGGACGUAACUUAUCAGAUCUUCGGAUGGAUCGCCUUCGUCUCCUGGUCCAUAAGCUUCUACCCUCAGGUCAUUCUCAAUUUCAGGAGGAAAAGCGUGGUAGGGUUGAACUUCGAUUUCCUGGUUUUCAACAUCACGAAGCACUCAUCGUACCUUAUUUACAAUGCGGCCUUGUUCUUCAGUCCUGCCGUCCAGAGGCAAUACCGUGAGAAGUAUGGUUCCGAUGAGAUGAUUCCUGUAGCUGCAAAUGAUGUGGCUUUUUCUAUACAUGCUGUGGCACUUACAGCUUUCACACUGUUCCAAGUGUUGAUCUAUGAUCGUGGAAACCAGAAGGUCUCUAAGACUUGCAUUGGGAUUACUGUAAUCGUCUUGCUUUCUGCACUGGUUUGUCUGAUCUUAGCUUGGCCAAAACAUUCUUGGCUAUGGCUUGUCUCUGUAUUCAAUACACUACAAGUUUGCAUGACGGCAAUCAAGUAUAUCCCACAGGCAUUUAUGAACUUCCAACGCAAGAGCACAGUUGGUUGGAGUAUUGGCAAUAUCCUGCUUGAUUUAGUUGGAGGCGUGCUGAACUUUGCUCAGUUGGGUAUCCAAUCCAUAGAUCAAAAGACACUAGUUAACUUCUAUGGUAAUAUCGGGAAGACACUACUUUCGGUGGAAGUUGUACUCUUUGAUGUCCUCUUCAUUUUGCAGCACUAUGUAUUCUACCUCGUGAAGAACGACGGCAACACAACCACACCGGAAGGGAAUGUAACUUCCCUUAUUGACCCAGAUGAUGAGAAACCUGAGUUGAAAAACGUAUAGGGGAAUAGCAUCAAUAAAUAAAUAAAUAAGUGUGUGUGUGUGUGUGUCAGAUCUAUAGAUUUCGUGAUAGAAAUAGAAGCAGAAAGUAUUUACUUGUUGACGGUAAUAGAUACUAAAUCUAUUCAACGUUUUCAAUUAUUA